UUAAUUAGGAUCUACUUCACAAGUUGUCGAGUAUUUACUCCCUCCUCUUCAAUCCCUGAUAACUCCUGUAAUCAGUAUAGAUUUUGCACUUUAUUUUAUGCAUUAGUUACUUAAUUUAGGUAACAACCAUCAAGAAGAUAACCAGUAUUAUUAGUUCUGGAUUCAAACUAGAAAAGAGCCAAUCGUACGCAAAGGCAAACAAGAAGUUGCAAACUGUAAACAUUUGGAUCCAGUUUUUCUCUGUCUCUCUUUGUAACCAAAACAAGUUUCGUGCUGAACAAGAACAGUAGGACAAAGAAACCAUCAAAAUGGCCGAAGAAAAUAAAUCCGUUGACCCUAAAAAUGCCAGUUCAAUUUUUGAUUUUACCGUGAAAAAUCUCGAUGGAGAAGACGUUCCUCUAGAUAAAUACAGAGGCAAAGUCUGUUUGGUUGUUAAUGUUGCGUCCAAUUGUGGUCUCACCAAGAACAAUUACAAACAGUUAAAUGAGCUCUAUGCAAAACACAAGGAUUCCGGAAAUUUCGCCAUCCUCGCUUUCCCCUGUAACCAAUUUGCAGGUCAAGAACCAGCAUGUGAAACGGAUCUCAAGGAAUAUGUUGUCAAACAGAAAAUUGAAUUUGACUUUUUUGGUAAAGUUAAUGUAAACGGAAAACAAGCCAUUCCACUUUACGAUUACUUGAAAAGCAAACAAGGAGGAAUGUUGGGUGAUUUCAUCAAAUGGAAUUUCACCAAGUUCCUUUGCAAUAAAGAAGGUGUUCCUGUCAAACGAUAUUCUCCAACCACUGAACCAAAUCAAAUUGAAAAAGAUAUCGUUGGCCUCUUGGAAGAAAAGAACUAAUUAUCAUUGAAAAGUUCAAUCCGCAAACCAUGGUGAAUAAAAGCUUCCGACGUCUUCCGUGUAAAAUCAGAUAUUCAUCAUACCAGACGGAAAUUUGAUCGUGUUUUCCCAAAUUUAUCAUCAAGUUCAAUUGCAAUCAUUUUAUUGUUUCCUUCAUUUCUAUAUCCGCUAAUUUUGUUUUAAGCUUGAAUAAAUUUUUAUUAAUCA